AUGAGUGUGGCGCAUUCGCCGAACGGCACGUUCACCCCUAUCACACCAAGUAUAUUCAACACUCCUAACACGCAGCUAACAGAAUAUACCGAUUUAUCACAGAAAAGCGAUGCAUAUUCGUCCCAAGUCACUCCCUCCCUCCCAUACAAACCCAACGAUCAGUAUGAUUUGGACGUUGAAGAGGAUCUUACUGACGAGUCUUCUGUGGGUCAAGUUGAACCUACCGUGCAGAAAUAUAUACCAGGUGUUAACAUUGAUGUGGAUUUGUCCAAACUUGGUACUCCGGCCGUUGUAGACUUCUACGAUGAGUGUCUCCUGAAAUACAAGUUCGAAUCUGAGUUUGUCAAGGACGAGACGUAUCUAAUUGCCCCGUCUAAGGGAUGGGUUGUCAAAGAUGACCAGCAAGACUCAAAUAAUUCUAUUACCGCUGAUUUGGAUGCGGAUAAACUAUUAUUUGGCGAUGGUCAUGAUGCGUGGAAUAUAUGUAAACCUCAUGACCCUUUAUUGCGAUGUAUACAUUCGAUAUCAGAUAGACUGCGUAUUCAACAAUUAGUUGCAGAUCCCAGUAGCUACUUGAAUAAGGGAGGAGACGAUAAGCACUAUGACAUUGACGACCCAUUUUUUGAUGAUUCUGAUAUAUACACUCAAUUGAACAUUGAUAAAUCACAUGUGAUUGUGAACCAAGAGAUUUUCCAAAACUUUUCCCCUUGGAGCGAAGACGAUUCUUGCCAUGAAAGCGUUUCUACAGAAGGUCUUAGGGGCGUGUUGUUAAAUCCCCACAACUUUAUCGCAAUUAUUAUACCUCCAUCAGCACAGCCACAAUCACAGCUGCCUGAAACAGCAGGAUCUACAGCAAACAAAUCCAUGCCUGUAAAGUUGUUUAUGAAUAGCAACGGUUGGAGGAAGUAUAUCAGACGAAUUCCAUUGCGGCUUCAGCAGCCCUUCAAGGAAUUUGUAACAAAGUGGAAUGCGAUGAUUAAAAAAUCUUGCAGCAAUAAAAUUGGUACUAGAGUCAUUAAAGAUACAAUGGAUGAGUUAUUAAAGUCAAUUUUUAAGAGAAUGCUUACCUUACCAAUAAAGUCCAUUCUUUUGCCAAGUGAGCCUAAAGAACCCAAGUCUAACAGGAAUGACACUGCAAUUGAAACUGGAGAUGAAAUUAAGGAGGAAAAUAAAAAUAUUAGUAUUGUGAAAGAUGAAGAUGUGAAAAUUCCACCGGAAUCAGUUUUUGAUGACAAUACCAAGUCAUAUGACAAUUCGAAGUCAUCUCCCUCUAUGUUGAGCCCUGAUGGAUAUAGUUCAGCCAGUGGCUGUGAUAGGAAAAGGAACAAGAAAAAUAAACGACAAAAAACAGAAUAUAUAGAUGCCUAUGAUGGCAACAUUUUACUACCGGGCAAGCUAAUAGAUUCGUGCAAUAAGACCCUACGCUGGUUAAUUUCAGCUUGCAAAUCGAUUACAAAUGCAUAUUCGCCGGUAGAAUUUGCAUUAAUUUGGCUAAAAAUGACUUUGGAGCACAACAAGCAGGUACUUCAUUUGCAGUACCAACAGAUUUCAGAUAAGUUGGCUGGGGAACUACCCAAAUUAAAGCUCUGUGGUUGCAAAAAAUUUGAGGCUUUUCAAGGCUCUAUCGUCACUGCAAAUAAGCAGACGCUGAAAAAAUUGAGAAAGGAAGGCUUAUGUAAGAAAAAAGAUGGAGCAGACGAAACGAUUCUGCACCUAAUGAACAUCUACAAAUACUUACGUUCAGUGGGACGAGACAUAAUAACUUACACACAGCUGGCUAAUCUGAGCAGUAGCGUAAUCAUCUCCAUUGCAUCCAGUCAACUUGCAGGGCAACUGCCCUUAGAACUGCUUGCCCAUUCCAACCCUUAUGACGUACUGGCCAAGUUAACAUCUCAACAGUUCAGUAUGAUAGACUCCAAGCAGAUCAAUCUGCCUUGGCAAUUGCUGUACGCCUUUGUUAAACGCUAUCAAAAGUCUAGUAAAACUAGGUCUCUCUACGACGGUAGGCAGAAGCCAGUAGUAGUGUUGAUGAAUUUCUCUACCGAAAAGGCAUCAACAAGUUCCACCAUUGAUAUAUGUAUUGGACACAAAGGUGGGAACAAUGGCAGCAAGAACAAUAAAUCGAUCCCUUCAGGUAAUAGCUGGAGGAGCCAGCUAAAAGGAUCGUUCGACAAAUCUCCUAACGGCACCAAUAACAGUAUUGGCAUAGUUGACAAGGGUAGGAAAGCAACUAAAAGUGCUGCUAAAAGUGCAGCUAAUAUCACAAAGAGCGAUAAUAAGCGUAAAUCAGACGGUAUGCCAAAAAGUGGGCAAGAAACAGGUCCCAAGCGCAAUUGCAAUAGGGCCAAACCCGCAGCAAGUAUGAAGGACCUGAUCAUGGGAAAACUCUGCCCAACAGACUAA